AUGUUUAAUUUAAAAUGUGUGCAUUAUGGAUGUAAAGAAACAUUUCACAAAAACAACUGAAGUUAAUGAAUCUCCUUUCAUUUCAAGCUCACAUGUUCCAUGUAGUGAAGGUAGGUGAAGGCUAACCUUUAAAAAAAAAACAUGAAAGUCAGGAUUUUCUGAGCUGCAAACAUCAUCCUGACUGUGAUGAGAAUAAUCCCAAACAGAUAUGAAAUAUCUUUAUAAUCUAGAUUCUUCCCUUCAGUUGUUGUGCAGCAGCUGUCAGAUCAUUUAAACCCUGAAUUGAGAACAGCACAUUCAGCCUUGAGCUCGCUGGAUUUGAUUCUGUCAGGGACACUGAGGGAGGAGGGGGGAGGUAACCACACCAACGUUACAAUCAAACCAUCGGGGUAUAAUGCAAGGCUCAUUAUAUAGCUUGAAACAGCAUCCCUGAGGGACAAUGAGAGGCCCCGGGCCCCCGAGGCUGAGCCCGAGGCUGCCUGGGGCUGAUACAGAGACCCUGGGGACUCUGCUCGGCUGGGCCUGUCACCCUCCUUAGCUGCCAAAUUCAAUUCUCCUCUGCUUUCUUCAUCCGCCAGCAAGACCAGCCAGGAAUCUCCAAAGAAGCAAGCAGCAGAAGUCAAAUCUCCACAUCCAGAUUCCCUCUUCUCAUUCAGCCCCGCCCACAUUGCUCUGAUUAUCAUUGUGGCUUUAUUUAAGACUGAACGCUUUGUUUACAAUUUUGGAAAUUUCGAUCUCAAAACUGUGACUUUUGUUCUCAAUGUGGCGGCACAAAAAUCACUUCAUAAAAUACUGUAUAAUUGCUUUUAGAAGCACACCAAAAUCCGUUAAGUUAAUUCCUUUUCUUAACCCCUUGACACCUACAUUUAUUUCUAUCUAUUUAAAAAUAUCAAAUGUUUUUGUUUUCAUGUAGAUGCUAAAUUAAGGGAAUUUUUUAGUAAAAGUAUUUUUAAUGAAUAUUUGCAUUAGGCAUCAAGGGGUUAUUCUACAUUGAGAUUGAUAAACCUAAUUUUAACAUAAAAUGUGACAAAAAUGCGUAAUAAAUCAGCUAAAAUUCAGCUUUCUUUUAAUAGAAACCUGGACCGGUUGUAUUUUUUUGUUUUUAUCAAAAUGUUGGAUGUUCUAUGAAAAAAAAUAUAAAAGUUAGUUAAGAUUAAAAAAAAGAGAAAAAAAAUGUUUUUUUUUCAGAAUAUAAUAAGUGUUUGCAAGCCUUAUCAUUUUGUCAGCAUAAAUCCAAUAUUGAGCACGUAAACCUUCCAAAAACCUUCCUAAAUCCAGUUUUUAAUUUUAAUAGAGCAGAAAUUGUCAAAAAAUUCCACAGUUUGAUACAUUAAAUAGUGGAUUUGUCCGAAAUUUUACAAUUUAACCAAUCAAAUUAUGUAGUUUUUGACAAUUCCACAUUUUAGUGGAUUAAAAAUGUUACUAACUACUUGAAAACGUAUUAAUUUAUUCUUACUCAAGUAAAUAUUUGGUCCUUAAAAACCACUUUUUCUUUUACUUAUGUACGGAAGAUAUUCUUACAAUUUUACAAGAAAAAAAAAUAUUCAUAAGUGUGUCCUCUUUCGGCUUCCAUACCUUUAAACUGAGUAAAUACAAGUAAAAUAUAAUUCCCCGUUCGGCGCAAAUAAUCUAUUACAAGCUCAAGCACGAAUAUACAAAAUAAUGUUAAAAUAUAUCUGUAUCAAAUAAUAAAACCAUAAAAAUAUGUUAUUAUUUGUUGAAUUCUUGCUUUUAUCUCCGCCGUGUCUCUUUGUGGAGGAGGAGAGUCCCGCUGACGGAGCUGCGUGCGCAGCUUCGCUCCGAGCAGCUUCGACCGGACCGCAAUGAGGAGAUAAAUAGCGACGGUAUCGGUUUAUUUCUUUUCUCCUCUGGUUUCGGUUUCUUCCGGUGGGAAGGCGGCUUCUAUUGGCGAGGGGGCCUAACAGCAGGAGUGAUGGGUCAGAGGUCGCUCUAAAACCUGAGGACCUGUAUUUCUUCGAUGGUUUAAAUCAUGGACGGCGGGGACGACGCUCUGAACACGCCGCUGGCUGCUGCUUGCGGCGGCGAGGAGGCCGGGGAGGCGCUCAGUAAAGCGGAGAACGGAGGAAACCCACUGGCAGCUGAUUCUUUCGACGACGGCAUAAGCAAAGCUGGCAACACCGCCGAUAACCCGACGCCGUCAGCUGGAAGCCCCAACCAAGAACCGCCAGGAGGGGUGGCGCUCAAAGUGGCGACGACCGUCAUCCAUCCCGUGUGUUUGGGAGACAGUCAGCUGAUGCUGCCCAUCCACCUCCAGAUGGCCGGAGCGUCGGCGCCUCCGCUCGGCCAGGUGGGGGCAGCACCCUACCUGAUAACAAGCCAAAGCCCGGUUUCACUGCCGCUGGUUCUGGACCAGCAGGUCAUCCAGCACAUUAGUCACUCUGUGAUCCCUCAGAGUACCGGCUGCACGCAGCUGCCGCUCCAGAACAACCUGCUGUGUCAGAACCCUUUAACUUUCGGCCUGCCUGCAGCCGUCGACCCGAAGGCGGCGGGGCAGGCUCAGGACGCCAACCUUCUGUCUCUGCUGCAGAACCCGGCUUUUGCCGCCAUCAUCCAGGACCUCUUCCCGCCACAGCCCGGUUCGUCCACCUGUCAGUCGCCAGGCUCCUCCUUCUUCCCCCUCCCUCCCUCCUACCCCCCUGCCUUGGCCCCUCUGGUCCCGCCAGCCACACUCCUCGUGCCGUACCCUGUCAUCAUCCCUCUGCCGGUGCCUCUGCCCGUCCCCCUGCCCAUCCCCAUCCCCGUCCCGCAGGCGGAGGACACAAAGGGGAGUGUGCCAAAACCUGUUUGCACUGUGAACAAAAGCACCCAGACGUCCACCAAAGAUGCUAGCUCUCCUCCUCCGCCCUCACGGAAAUGCCCGCCGUCCUUCCAGACGCAGAGCGCCGCCGUCGCCUCCACUCAGGAGGAGGGUCAGGUUCUGGACCUCUCUGUCAGGCCGUGCCCCAUUGAACCAAAACAGGAGUACCCCAGUCCUCAGCAGGAGAGCGUUCUGGACCUGUCAGUGCCAGGCCUGAGGAAAAAGUCUCCUCUAGCGGACAGACAGGUGGGGUUACAGGCGGGGCCGGACCCACGAGCAGCUGCCCUGGCUCUGGGGGUGGAAUGCUCCCAGAGUUUAGACUCCAAGCUGCUGGGGAGCCUGGCCUCGCUGGAGUUCAGCCGGCAGCACAAGUGGGUGGUAGACACCAGCGCCUCCGGGUCCAGCUCCUUGGCCCAGGAGGCUUCUCUAAGCGGAGCCGGGAACCUGGAGAUCGUCAGCGCCUCGCAGACGGCCAAGGUCAUCGUCUCUGUAAAGGACGCCAUCCCCGCCAUCCUCUGCGGGAAGAUCAAAGGCCUGUCAGGAGUCUCCACCAAAAACUUCUCCAUCAAGCGGGACGGCAGCCAGGGCCCGUCGCUGCAGCAGCUCUACGGCAUGCCGUCAGGGUCCCACAGGGAGCAGCAGGACCCAAACAACCCGCAUAAGAAGGUUUCUAAAAGUCGAGCUAUCAAACUGAAGAAGGUCAGCUCGCAGGAGAUCCACUUCCUUCCUAUCAAGAAGCAGAGACUGGCAGCUCUGCUGCCGAGAAAGUGAGACACUUCUCAACACAUGGAGGCCUCUGAUCUAAACACGUCCUGGCUCACAGCCAGACUGUAGAACCAUGAAGGUUCUGGACCAGCAUGGCAGCAUCUACGGUCCGUUCAGUCGGAGUACAAACACAGGUCCUUCCCCUGAGCCCCUUCCAGCUACAUGAACUCCACUGGAACCCUAAAAUCCUAAAAAUGAGAAUCCCUCUGUCCUGAUUGGUUGCAUGACUCAGCAAAGCAAAAGCUGCAGCGUCAUCAAUAAACGUUGCUGCUGGCGCCCUCGGCUGCUUCCUGUCUCAUCAGGUGAAUCCACGAUUGGAAAAUGAAGGGAGCUGCUGUGCUGAAGAACUUCCUCUGCUUUAUUGGGGGAAAAAAAAUCUGUUUUGUGUUUGAUUAGUCAGUUAGUAGAGUCCGUGUUGAUCAGACUCCGCCCAUUCCUGGAAGGCGGUCGUGGUUUCGUGUCUGUUCUGUUGAGCACUGAGUAUUGUUGUUAUUUAAUCCCAUCGAGCGCACUUUUGUCUGUCCCAGAGUUUCCAUGCCUGCUCCGGCCCCUCUGAGUGCAGCCGUUGUGUAAAUCUGAGAGCUGCAGGCCAAUAACUAACAGCAGCCACAUGCAGGCCGUCCCGAUCAACAGAUGGAAAAUACUUACAAAGGUCAACCCGGUUUCCACUCCUUUCUGUGUGUUCUUAAGCAAUCCCAGAACAUCCUGCUGUAGCGUGUCGCUCUGAUUUGGACUGAAGCUCCUCUAAUUUAUUUAUGUUGAUGUUUUGGUCAGAGUGGCUGGAUGUGAGGACGGCUUCCUCGUGUCCGUCUCCUGACAGACGUUUACACCGACGCGCCGCCGAUAAAUCACCUGUUGAAAUGUGCUGCUGCUCGUCGGAUAUUUGCUUACCGUGCUGUGUGUGUUUUUUACAUGGAGGUGACUUUAAAUCUCUCUCAGCCUCUUUUUGAUGGUGUUUUUUGGAAACUUGUUUAAAUGGGAGGGUUUGAAAUCCCUCGGUGAAGCAGAUGAAUCUUUACACUCAUGCUUUGCAUUAAAAUGAUUCGACCUCA